CUCUUUUUGCCGCCCAAAACUCUCUCUCUCUCUCUCUCUCUCUCUCUUGCUCUCUCAAGCCGCAAAAUGGAGGUGAGCAUGUGGGACAACUGGGUGGAACAGGUGCUAUCAAAGUUGGAGUCUACGAAACUCCUCCGAUCUCUCAGACCCAUUCACCUACCCAGCACUGAACAGCCACAAAUUCCUUCAAAUUCUGACGAAUUCGAGGUAUAUGAUGGUUUGCGGCAAUGGGAUAGAGCCUACGUUGAAGUAGAGAUUGCAGAGACCACAUUUCAGAAAUGGGUCCAAGAUAUUCCCAGUUCUGGAGAUUAUGACAUCAGUAGCAAUGGGGAAGCUGAUAUCAAAGCAGGGACAUGCCCUAGGAAAUUUAGAAAGCUACUGUUAUUCUCUGGAAAUGAUUACUUGAGCUUGAGUUCACAUCCGACUGUCGCCAAGGCAGCUGCAAAGGCAGCUGAAGAACAUGGAAUGGGUCCUAGGGGUUCUGCCUUAAUCUGUGGGUACACCAAUUAUCAUAGACGACUAGAGUUGUGCUUGGCAAACUUAAAGGAGAAAGAGGAUUGCCUUCUUUGUCCUACAGGCUUUUCAGCCAAUAUGGCAGUGAUGACUGCCAUAGGAAGUGUUGGCUCUCUCUUAGCUGCGGACAGAAAACCUUUAGAAGAUGAAAAAGUUGCCAUAUUUUCUGAUGCUCUUAACCAUGCAUCCAUAAUUGAUGGUAUCCUUCUUGCUGAGCGACAACGAAGUUUAGUGGUUUAUGUCUAUAGGCACUGUGACAUGUCUCAUCUUAGCACGUUAUUAUCAAGUUGCCCAAUGAAGAAGAAAGUUGUUGUGACAGACAGCUUGUUUAGUAUGGAUGGAGACUUUGCGCCAAUGGUGGAGCUUGCAAAACUUCGCAAGAAGCAUGGAUUUUUGUUGGUGAUUGAUGAUGCUCAUGGAACAUUUGUUUGUGGCAAAAAUGGGGGUGGUGUAGCUGAGCAGUUUAACUGUGAAAGUGAUGUUGACAUAUGCGUUGGCACUCUGAGUAAAGCUGCAGGUUGUCAUGGUGGAUUUGUGGCAUGCAGCAAAAAGUGGAAGCAACUCAUACAGUCAAGGGGUCGCGCUUUUAUAUUUUCAACUUCUACACCAGUACCAAUUGCUGCUGCUGCUCAUGCUGCUGUUAUUGUGGCAAAUAAGGAGACAUGGCGUAGGAAAGCUAUUUGGAACAGGGUCAGAGACUUCCAUGCUCUCACUGGAAUCCCCAUCACAAGCCCCAUCAUUUCCCUUAUAGUGGGAAGUGAAGAGAAGGCCCUGCAAGCUAGCCGGCAUCUUUUGAGAUGUGGGUUCCACGUAACUGCAAUCAGACCCCCAACGGUGCCCCCCAACUCAUGCAGGUUAAGGGUAACUUUGAGUGCAGCACACACGCUGGACGAUUUGAGGAAGCUCACAAAUGUUCUAUCUCAAUGCAUCAACCUUCAAUCUAUUGGUGUCCAGGGCACAAAUGGAUAUGCAAAGCUUUAGGAUUUGGAUUUUGUUCUCUUAUUCAAUCUGUAGGAAGAAGAUUCGAAGCAUUCAAUAAAUCACAUUUUAUUUUGAGCAACGGGUGGAGUCAGUCUGGGAAGCUUAGGCAACAGGGAAAAUGUAGUUGAUGCGAUUUCAUCCAUGCGAUCGCCCGGUUUACUCUUAUCAUCAUAUGCUCGGGUAUAUUAUUUAAACAAAGACGAGUGUUAAAUUUCAGAUAUACUACAUUCCAUAAC